UCGGAAGAAUCAAAAACGGCACCCGCCGAGCAACCGAGACAACUGUAACUCGCAACCUUUAAAUCUACCUAUCCUUCGGUACUAUCGAUUGUGUCAAUUGGAUCGGGAUCGGGAUUUUUAUUCGACUUCAGCCUUCCAAUGAGAGCUAUUUGAUAACUUCAACGUCUUGAAAGAUGGCUACCAAACCGAAAAUGCCUAACCCGUUAAACGGCAUGCAUACAGCCGGUAUAUUCUCCGACAUGAGCGUCGAUGGCCCUGAGAUUGGAACUCUUGUACUUAUUGUUGAUCGUGCAAAGAAUCUUCCAAACAGGAAGACAAUUGGGAAACAAGAUCCCUACUGCGCCGCGCGGCUGGCGAAAGAAGCUAAGAAGACAACCACAGAUAUUCGAGGUGGCCAGACCCCCAAAUGGGACCAGGAGCUUCGAUUUAUAGUUCACGACUCGCCCGACUACUAUCAGUUAAAGCUAUCCGUAUUCAACGACGAUAGGAAGACGGAGCUAAUAGGCGAAACGUGGAUUGACCUACGCGAUAUAAUUAUACGAGGAGGUGGACAGAGUGACCAGUGGCAUAGCUUGAAUUGUAGAGGCAAAUAUGCGGGUGAGGUCAGAAUCGAGAUCACAUUCUACGACAGCCGCCCAAAAGCCGAAAAGGCAAUAGCAAAACCAAACGGCGUAACCCCGAAUCCCGACGUAGAAUCUGCCGGCGGAUCUCAGAAGACGGUAGUGAAACGGCGUCCGUUGCCCUCCGAUCCUGUCACGGGUCAGGCACCUUCACCGUCAGUGGCAGACCCAAUGCAUACUCCGUCCCGACCACAGCCAAUCCCCCCAUCAUUCGUUCCAAGCCACGCGCCAUUACAAGCUGCCGAAUAUGGUACAUCACCCUCAGGCAGACCCAGCAAUCAGCCCGAUCAGUACUCUUUAACACAUCUCAGCAAGAGUCAGUACUCGACGCCAUCCCAGCGACCGCUGGAUAAGAACUAUAAGCUUCCUCCGCAAGAUAAUGAACAACCACGUUACUCGGACUCUGCUUAUGGUCGGUCAUAUGAAGUAGAAACUAGGUCAUCUUUCGCCCAUGGUCAGCAAACCUACGAGUCUCCGCCGCCAGUCCACCAUCCUCGGCAAUCGAUUGAGCUCGAUGACUGUCCUCCGCCCCCACCAGCCCACCGAGUUAGAAACUCAAGUGUAGGUUCACAAGAACUAGUUACCCGUGGUAGCUUCGACAUGCUACAGCAUAAAGCUGUCCCACAUAUGAGGCAUGAUGUCCUACGGAAUGAAGCCCAUCGAUACUCAGUGCCUUCAGCGGCGCCGUCAUCUUAUCCUGGUCGACCUACGUACCGCCCGUACGAGUCAGCUCCGGAUAUGCAAAGCAUGGUACCAUACCGCGAGGCCGAUGCUAACCGCCAGUCGCGCCAUUACUCUUACGACCCAGCAUACGAAGCUCACUACCGAUCAAUGCAACCGACGGUAGAGGACGUUCCGGAAUCCUGGACACCACCAAGCGCAAGACCCCGAGGUAGCGGAUCUAGAACGCACCAGUACGAUGAGCAGGAGUACCAUCAAGCUUCCACUCCUGCGCCGUUGGCUUUAAACGGGCGUGAUAGUGCGCUGUCUGGACAUUAUAGCCCUUCCCCUAUCCCAUCUCAAGAGCAGUACGACCCUAGUGGCUAUAACCAAUCACCAUCGCCCAUACCUGCUGAGGAUUAUUCCCAAGCACUCGCUCUGGUGCCAAGGUAUUCGAGGCAGAUGGAUCAUACUCUGAAUUAUCCAAAUGAACUAGAAAAUAGUCAAGUGCUUGCGCCAAGCGAUUAUGAUAUCCCCUCUGUACCCCCAACGCUGGUUCCAGGGGUUGACCCAGCUAUGGCGCGCGAGAUCUCGGAUCGCUUCCAGCAAGAAAGAAAGCAAGCGCGUCGAUACACCCAACCACCUCCUAUGGCUACUCCAACCCGGGGUAGACAGCAAAGCGAGCCUCCCUCAAAUUAUGCUAUUCAGCAUUCCCCUAAUGUCCACCACCCAAGCAGCUCGAGAGUCUAUGAUAGAAGCCUAGUGAAUUAUGCUAGCGGACCUACCACGCCUUUGGGACCAACCUCAGGUUCAAGGUCUCGAGGAGUCUCUCCAGCCCCGAGUGCUAACCACACGAUCAAACGCAAGUCGGUCAGUCCGGCGCCUCCCCCGUCUGAUGGUCGCCGACUAUCAGGGGUUCCUUUCGGCCCAGACUCUUAUGACGCCCUAAACCCUACUGUGGCGUCGACAAAGGACGGAGAGUACACCAAUGCAGAUGGAAAGAUAGUGACACCAGAUGGACGGGAAGUUGAUCCCUCAGAUCACUUGCCUAUGGACACCUGGGCGCCGGAACCAGAGCCAAAGAAGCCCGUUGAGCCUGUGGAGACACGUUCACGUCCAGUGCCUGCUGGCGCGCAGCCGAUGCCACCCUCUAGCCGCCGGCCACCCCGUACCAGUACGCGACCCCAGUCGGCAAUAGCUGCACCGCCAACAUAUAUCCCUUCUGACCCCACACCUUCUCCUCCUGUGAGCACGGGGCGAAACCGCCUACAGAAGAAAGCACAUCGCGCAUCAGCCCUACCGGCGCCAAUUUCCUCAGGGCCUAAUCCACUUGGCCCUUCGACGCCUCAUCAGCGGAACAGUACGCCCCCUCGAGCGCUUGUUCGUGCUAGCACUUUCGAUUAUGAGAAUCAUGGCUCAGGCGCGGCUCGCUCGGGAUUCGGCAUCGGUCCGCCAAUUCCAGCCAAGGUACCGAUGAUGAGUGGCGGCUUGGGGCCAACCCCGGGGCGAGGGGGCAACGAAGAAUGGGCACUCAUGGAAGAAAUGAGUAGGAUCGAUAUCGGCUCGGGCCGAGCACGACGGCAUGGAGGAUAUUGAUGAUACGAAUGUUUACGAAUUCGAGAGAAGGCGUUGUAUAAUAUGUAUAAUGUGUUUGAAGCAAAGGAGGUAGGUACCGGUUACUUGCUUUUGCCGUUUUAUAUUUCCCUUUCCAGUCUCUGUCCGGUAUCUUGGGGGUGUUUAAUGUAUUGGAGGGAGGACAAUCGCGUGCGGUCGUGAUCAUAUAGACAAGAUGGACGUGCGGAAAGGGAAGGCUU